AUGGAGUCAAGUCGCUCUCCUGGAAUGGAAACCAAGUGCGAAAGGGAACAUCAUGAUGCAGAGGUGUCAUCGCAAAGCGGCGGCUACGACGUGGAGCAAUUUGUGGACACCCCGGACUACGACCUCAUCUGUACCAUAUGCCAGGGGGUCCUGCGAUGUCCCGUUCGAGCGGCGUGCCACCACAUCUUCUGCAAGAAAUGUAUUUUGCAGUGGCUCAAGAGACAGGAGACCUGCCCGUGCUGCCGAAAGCCAAUUAACUCAUGCAUGAUCUUCGUCAUGUUCAAACUGAGCAAGUCCAUAGGACGCAUGAAGGUGAAGUGUAAGAAUGAGAUCCGAGGCUGCAAGGCCACAUUUUCCCUCUCAGAACAGUACUGCCACAGCCUGAGCUGCUUGUUCGAGCUGGUCCCCUGCCCGUAUCCUGGGUGCCGGGCGCAGCUCCUCCGUCGUGACCUGGAGACCCACGCCCACCACUGCGAGCACUGGCGCCAGCCAUGCCGUAUGGGCUGCGGCACGGUGCUCUCUCACCGCACGCGGGAUCAGCACAACUGCUACCUGCAGCUCAAGCAGCAGUACCAAGCCAAGAGCAGAAACCACGCCGCUAUCGCCGCCGCCCUGCAGAGGAAGAUGAGAAGGAUGCAGAACGCCAUGGCGCACAUGAAGAGGCAAAUAGGGCUGAUAUGUGAGAGUCUGCAGGCCAUGGACGAGCUGCAUAAGGUGGAUGAGGACUUGGGUGAGGGAAGCUCCAGAACCACACAGUCGAGACUUAGCAGUGUGGGCUGA